AGAAGAGGGCUGAAGGCGGUUGGGAGAGCGGGAAAGGUAUUGCGCUCCUGGAAAUGGAGGCUCUGGGCUUCUCUUAAGAAGUGCCUGGACGCAGUCAGCCUCUUUGUGUUUUAGGUGGAGCCUAAUAAAGAUUAAGCCCUGCUGAGCCAUGGCUUUGGCCCCUGAGAAAGCGACUGAGCUCAAGCAGAUCAUUCACCAGCAGCUGACCAAGAUGGAUGUCCAUAGCAGGAUCCGAGAAGUUCUUGCUGAGACUAUACGUGAAGAACUGGCACCUGAACAUCAACUGCUGUCUGAGGAACAUCUAAUGAAAGCCUUGAUACGAAGAGGAAUCAUUGAUGAUGUUAUGAAAGAACUCAGCUUUGUAACAGAUAUGAACAAUGGGGAAGUGACUUCAACUCCAAAACCUUCUACACAUUUCAUUGAAAAACAGCCACCAGUGUUGAAAAAAACAAAUAUUGACCCAAAACGGAGGUAUCUGUACCUUCAAGUUCUUGGUGGGAAAGCUUUUCUGGAACAUCUACAGGAACCUGAGCCUUUACCUGGUCAAGCUUGUUCUACUUUCACACUCUGCUUACAUUUUCGAAAUCAACGUUUCCGCUCUAAACCUGUGCCAUGUGCCUGUGAACCAGAUUUUAGUGAUGGCUUUCUACUUGAAGUAUAUAAGGAUACGUUAGGCGAAGCAAGUAAAAUGGUGGAUGCAACCACUAUGCUUUCAAUAUGUGAUCCAGUGCACAUUGUCUUGAUCAAAACAGAUACAACCGGUGAAACAACAUUAGUUGCAUCCUAUUUCUUAGAGUGGCGGUCUGUCCUGAGUGCAGAGAACAGGAUAACAAAUGUUGCUGUUGAACUUCUGGGUGUAGGUACAGAAGCGAAGGUUUCAGUUGGAGUACUGAACAUCAGACUUGAAAUGUACCCAGAGCUAAAUAAGAUACUUUCACAGGAAAUUGUCAAUACUCAACUUGCUUUGGAACGCCAGAAAACAGCAGAAAAAGAACGGUUAUUUCUUGUGUAUGCUAAACAGUGGUGGAGAGAAUACUUGCAGAUCAGGACUUCACACAACACAAGACUAGUCAAAAUUUUUGCACAGGAUGAAAAUGGGAUAAACAGACCAGUAUGUUCCUAUGUCAGGCCACUUCGAGCAGGCCGGAUUCUGGACACACCCAGGCAAGCUGCAAGAUUUGUCAGUGUUCUUGGUUAUGAAAGAGCCCCUGUCAUUGGUGGGGGAAAUAGUAAACAAGAACAAUGGUGUACUCUUCUGGCUUUUUUGUGUAGAAACAAAGGCGACUGUGAGGAUCAUGCUAACCUUUUAUGCAGUCUUCUGUUGGGGUUUGGGCUUGAAGCUUUUGUGUGUGUAGGAACAAAAGCUAAAGGAGUUCCUCACACAUGGGUAAUGACCUAUGGAAUUGAUGGAACAAUCACUUUCUGGGAGAGUUUGACAGGACAUAGAUACAUUCACAACCCUAUUAAGCCCGACGACCCUCCAAUUGUUGAGCAGCCUAAGCCAUCGUAUCCUUACCGAACAGUAGGUUGCAUCUUUAAUCACGAAAAGUUUUUGGCAAACUGCCAGCCUUCUGAUGCCGUAGAGGUCUGUGCCUUCGACUUGCAUGAUGAAUCUAAGUGGAAACCAAUGAGUGGAGAAGCAAUUAAAUCAGUGUGUUCUCCAGGGGCCACAACUGCACUUCCACCUUUUCCUCCACUCUGUGCUUCAGUAAUAGAUGCAGCAGCAGCAAGCAAUGAUCUGGAAUUACAACUUAGAAUAUUAGUAGCAGAACACAGGAAGGACCUUGGGCUAGCAACAGUUUGGGAUGACCAGCUGUCUUAUCUCUUGUCACCAGCCUUGGCAGCCUAUGAACUUGAACGUACCACAGGUAUUUCUUCAGGAAAUGAAGAAUUUCAAGAUGCUAUCAGGAGAGCAGUCCCCGAUGGCCACACAUUCAAAGGAUUUCCCAUUCAUUUUGUGUACAAAAAUGCAAGGAGAGCAUUUGCUGCAUGUCUUCGAAGAAUGAAUCAUAAUAAGAUUCUGAAGCCCUUCAUAACUGCGAGGUAGUAGGAUGAUACCUCUGACGGAAUGUAAGUGAAGCCUUACUUUGCUUCUUUGAGAUGGCUAUAAGUGAGUUGUGAAUGCCUUGGUUACAGUUGCUGUCAAGUGAUUAGGAGGAGAAGCUACUUUUGCUUACAUUGAUUUGAGUGAGUUAAUAAAUGUGAUUGACUCUUAGAAGUUCGGUAAUGAACUAAUUAGUGAAAAGGUCCUGGAUAUGGUGUCAGGGGAAGAAAAAGUUAGUGAGGAGGAGCUUGCUGAAGAUGACUGAGGAGACUUAAGAGUGAUGAGGAAGCCCAUUCUCAGAAUGGCAGAUGGAGUUACCGAUGACUUAUCCCAUAAGCACCAACCUGUACUGGCAGGAGCCUAUUUUUUUUGUGGUUAUUAGCGUUUAAGCUCCCUCCUUCUCUGUCAGUUUUAUUUUUCCUGCCUGGAUGACUAAACAUGCUUAGACUUUCUCUGUUACAAAUAAGCAGUUAGAUUAGACAGAGAUAAUGGGAAAGAAAUGAAAGGAUGCUACAGAGCUGUCCUCCAAAAUUAAAUCUAAAAUGGCAGAUCAAAGAAAAACUGAGGUGGAGACAAAUGCAGAUCAGAAAAGAAAUGAAAUGAAAGUAUCCAGUUGACUGCUGCCCAGUCUGUCUCUGGAGAUGAAAGGCGUGAGACAUUGACAAAAAUAUUCCUGACCUCCAGUGAAUCAGAGGCAGAUGAAAUCAAAAUUAAGGUUAAAAAACCAGAGGGAAAGGAAGCCAGUUGGAAGCUAGGCUCUGACCCCAUGGCAAAAGAGACCGCGGAACCGAAGGUUUAAAAAGCCAAAAA